AUGGCGUCGUCAAGCUCUUCCACUCAUCUUAUACUUACAUACACACGACUCAACUAAGUUCAUCUCAUCAAGAAACAGAGGAAGAGAAAAAUGGCUGUCUUGCUCUGUUUCCUCUUGGUUUCUCUUCUUGCUCUUGUUUCAUCAAUCUUUCUUACAAACAUUAAAACCUCAAAACUCAAUCUUCCUCCAGGCCCUUCAACUCUUCCAAUCAUCGGAAACUUACACCAUUUCGCAGGAUGGCCCAGCAGAUAUUUUCACAACCUCUCCAUCAAAUACGGACCGGUGAUGCUUCUCCGUCUCGGUUUCCUUCGAGUGGUUGUGAUCUCAUCGAGUGAAGCAGCUGAAGAAGUGCUCAAAACCCAUGACUUGGAAUGUUGCAGCCGACCAAACACCCUCGUCUCCGGAAAACUCUCUUACGGUUUCAAAGACGUCAACUUCGCUCCGUACGGUGAGUACUGGCGCGAGAUGCGGAAGCUGGUGGUCAUCGAGCUUUUCAGUCUUAAGAAGGUUCAGUCAUUUAGGUAUAUAAGAGAAGAAGAGAGUGACUUGAUGGUCAAGAAAGUAUCCGAAUCGGCUUUGAAACGAUCUCCUGUGGAUCUAAACAAAACUUUCUUCUCUCUCACGGCAAGCAUCAUCUGUAGAGUAGCCUUAGGACUGAACUUCCAUGAGAGCGGCUUCGUUAUCGACCAAGAAAGGAUCGAAGAAAUUGUUACCGAAGCAGGGGAAGUUCUAGGGACGUUCACUUUCUCUGACUUCUUCCCUGGUGCACUUGGAAGAUUCGUGGACUGGUUGUUUCAACGGCACAAGAAGAUCAACAAAGUCGUUGAAGAGCUUGAUGCUUUUUACCAACACGUGAUUGAUGAACACUUGAAGCCAGAAGGAAGGAAAAAUCCGGAUAUUGUUUCUUUGAUGUUGGAUAUGAUUGAUAAACGAGGAAGUGAAGACUAUUUCAAACUCGAUAUGGACAACGUCAAGGCAAUCAUCAUGGAUAUAUUUCUAGCGGGGAUAGAUACAGGCGCCACAACUAUGAUAUGGGCGAUGACCGAGCUCGUUAGAAACCCUAACGUGAUGAAGAAGGCUCAAGAAAAUAUCCGAGCCACCCUAGGGCUCAAGAGGGAGAGAAUCACUGAAGAAGACCUAGGAAAAGUUGAUUACAUGACGUUUAUAAUCAAAGAAACAUUCAGGUUACACCCACCGGUUCCAUUUUUGCUCCCAAGGGAUACAAUGUCCCACGUCAAGAUUCAAGGCUAUGACAUUCCUCCUAAAACGCAGAUCAGAGUUAAUGUAUGGACAAUCGGACGUGACCCGAAGCGUUGGACCGACCCUGAAGAUUUUAUUCCUGAACGGUUUGCAGAUAGUUCUGUAGAUUUUAGAGGACAACAUUUUGAGUUGUUACCGUUUGGUUCCGGUAGGAGGAUAUGUCCUGCCAUGGCAAUGGGGACUGCUACCGUGGAGCUAGGGUUGAUGAACUUGCUUUACUUUUUCGAUUGGGGAUCGCCUGAUGGUAUGAACAUUGAAGAGUUUGAUAUGGAAGAAGCUGACAAUCUCACGUAUGUCAAGAAACUACCUCUUGUGCCUUUUCAACGCCAUUAGUGGGCAGUAAAAAAAACCAUACAACGCCUUUAAUUAUUUUUUCUUUUUAAAUAUUGUAAAAUUAAUAAUUAAUUCAUGUAUGACGAACACUAUGUCCAAACUAAUAAAGUUCAACAAGUUACAUUAUUUAA